UGCAGCGGCUCCGCUCCGGCUCCGCCGCUACCCCUCCGCCGCCGCUCCGCCACAGAGCCCCCUCCCUCCCUCCAUCCCUCCUCCCUCCCUCCCUCUCCCCCGCCCUGUCCCCAGCGCCGCCGCUUCCACAAGAUGGCGGGGACCGUGGCCGAGCGGGACGCGCUGAAAAUAGAGGACGGGCAUUUAAACAACUCGCUGGGAUCUCCGGUGCAGGCUGAUGUGUACUUCCCUCGCCUGAUCGUCCCCUUCUGCGGGCACAUCAAAGGAGGAAUGAGGCCGGGAAAGAAGAUCUUGGUUAUGGGCAUAGUGGACCUCAACCCCGAGAGCUUUGGCAUCAGUCUGACUUGUGGGGAGUCAGAAGAUCCUCCUGCGGACGUAGCCAUAGAACUGAAAGCUGUGUUUACAGAGAGACAGUUUGUCAGAAACUCUUGUGUAGCUGGAGAAUGGGGGGAAGAGCAGUCAUCUAUUCCUUACUUUCCAUUUAUACCGGACCAGCCUUUUAGGGUUGAGAUACUUUGCGAGCAUCCCCGUUUUAGAAUAUUUGUGGACGGACAUCAACUCUUUGAUUUUUACCACCGUAUUGAAACACUGUCAGCAAUUGACACGAUAAAGAUAAAUGGAGAUCUUCAGCUUACAAAACUGGGCUGAGCUUGUUAGGACUGCAGAUUCCAAACCAGCUCAGGUGCCGUGGUCCGUUGGGAGCAGCGACAGCCGGCUCUGGACACAGCUGUGGUAGGAAGGCUGCCCUGUUCCUUUUCCGCAUGCAGUUCUUCACUCCUGUGCCGAUGAACCGGGCUGUGUUUUAUCCUAACGAAGAGCACUGUUGGUUUAUAGACAUUGAGCCGUUUUUCUUGGAUCAAAAUAGCCCACCUGUGCUGGAUAAUCAAAUUGGAAUGGAUUCAGAAAGACUUGCAGUCCCGUUUCAAAUCUCGCAGAAAAGGCAAUCUCUGAAAUGCAGCGCUAAAACCGGUUACUGAACAGUAGUGACGACAAAAACAAGUUUUUCUUUUGCAAAUAUUGUUUCUGCACUGAAGUGGAGUAGUGUAGCACAACAUAGGGCCAUGUGCUGACGUCCUUACCCAGGGCCUGAGCCUGGUUCCAUGGAAAUCAAUGGCAAAACUCCCACUCACUUUAAGGGGUACAAUCAAACUGUCUAGUCCUUAGUCAAGCACAAUUCCCACUGAUUUCUAUGGCAUUUUUGCACAAACCUUGGGGCCUGUCCUACUGGUGUAAAUCAGCAUUACUUCCAUAACUCGUAAUGGAAUUUUGCUGAUUUGGCCCAAGGACUGUGCAAAAACUGACUGAGGGUGUGUGGACACAGCCUGUGUAUUUUAGUCAGGGUAUUUGCAUAGAAUGUAGAUUGUUAUGAGUUUUUGCACAACGUAUUGUUAAUACAAUUUUUAAAACUUAUCUGUAGUUUAUUUAUUUAUACUCAUUGUAUGUAUUAUUAGUAAAAACGAACAAUCUUAAGAUUAAGAACAGCAAAGUGUAAACAUUUUGAAUGUACAAAAUGUCUUAGGUUCUUUGGGUAAACUUUACAUAUCGUUCUUGAAAAACCAUGUUUCCUAUCGCACAUGUAGUUACAUUUUAAUGGAGCCCUCUAGGCCCUGGGAAAACGUGGGCAUGGUAGUUGGUGGGGGGGAAUUCUGCAUAUUCACUAGACUCUGUUUUUCAGGGCUUACUAACUUUGCUGCACAGGAUAGGUUUGAGUUGAAGUCGAUCCAUUUAAAAAAAUUAAACAGCAAAUCUAAAUUUACUGUGCUUUCAUAACCUGAGAAAAAGUUAAAUUUGGCAAUCUCUUCAUUCAGAAAGAGAACCAGCUUCUUUCCAAGGGAGAUUCUUUACACUUGUUUGAGAACAUAUUUGGCCUUUGAUAUGACAAUUAAAACUUGUCUAGACAGCCAAGUUAUAAUGCUUGAAAAUCAGCUACGGCACAUGAAUAAUAACUUUUCAAGUAGCUUUUUAAAUAGUAGGUAUAGCUGUAUAAACACAGUCAUUGUGCUACACUAUAAAUGAACACAGCCACUUUUCUUGACUUCCUUAGGACUAAAUACACUUUUUUCCUUGGCUGCUCACAGUGGACUUUAAUGGGUCUUUCUGAGUAGUUGUAAUCAUGAUAUAAACAUACAUUUAGGCAAUUUUGAGAACACAUAAUAUAGGGACUAAAAAACAGACUACAAAAACAUCCUCUGUAGCAGAGUAUAUAAGAAAAAAACAAAAAAAAGUAUCUCACCAAUGGAACUAUGUUAAACCUGCAAUAAAAGUGUGGUUUAAAGCAACCAGAACUGGAAUAUCCAAAGUUAAGGGUAGAAUGCCAAUGCAAAGCCUCAUUUUGUGCUAAUUUGGCCUGCAGUUAAGAAGCCUUAGACUUGCAAGCUGAAAUUCCAACUGUGGCUCUAGUCCAAAGCCUGUUGAGGUCAAUCAGAGUCCUCUGAGCAUAGAAGCCUGAUUCUUACUUCUUGCAAGUGCAAAUCUGUUUGUAAAGAGGUGGGGUUGUUGCUGCUGCUGCAGAUGAAUUAAGAAUCAGGCUACCACCUGUAGCCUGUAAAAUACAAGUUAAAAUUUUAAUUUUUAGCCUUAACAUUUGACGUUCCCUGACUUUUCUUCCUACUUCCAAAAUAAAAGAGAACCUGUUGUUUUCCAGAUUAACUUUUUGUCUGGUGUGUGGCUUUUAAGCUGUACAUCAGAUUCUAUUUGUACUCCGGAUUGAACUGAAAUGUUCCUGUCUCGCUCUGUUUUUACUCUUUUACAUGAUACAUAAUGACUGUGUCAUUUUCCAUUGUAUAAAGAAUGCUGACAGUGUUUCGGUACAAAAUAUAUUCUUAAAAAUUAUUAUAAUAAAAAUCCAAGGGAAAGGUGCUUCUACAUGAGGUAUUUUGGAUUUUUCUCCUCCAGCAUGGAAAUUCCCUAUGGUUCCAAAGCUGAUGCAGGCAGGGGAUGAAUUCUUUUUGGGGAGAAAUUUAGCACCCUCUGUGCCUAGUGCUUUCUCCAGCUGGACAUCCAAAGCCAGGUUUGCUGAUGCAGGGCCAGUGGGAAAUGUAAGUAGCACCAUGACCCUACAGGAGCACAAACCCAAAGGGAAUCUCCCUGCCAGCCCACCAGCAGAGAUUCCCUCUCCAUGCCUUUACUGUAGCCUGGAAAAAGCAUUUUGGCUGCCUUGGAAUUUCACAGCCCCCACGGGGGCCUGGCACAGCACAGUGCCUACGCCAGGGAUGCCAGGGGAGCUCAGUGCAGUGUCAGGGGCAUCUCUGGUGGAGCCAGGGCCUGGUGUUCCUGCCUUGCUCCUGUUCCCACCCGCUGUGCUGGGCACUCCCAUUUGUUCCUGCUCUCUGGGGAAAAUGCUCUUUUGACCCCAAUUCUGGUUUUGCCUUUGCAUAACUCCACCGCCUGCCCUGUUGUGGUUUCUGAGGCAAGCUUCAAAGCAAGAAUGGUUGUGAAUCCUCUUCUGAUGGGUUAUGGCUUGGCUGAGAACGCAAGAAAGGGCAGAAAGUCAGAGUUGUAAGAAAGCUUACACAUCUAUCUGUCUAUCACCUGAUUGGAAGCCUCUUUAUUUUUCUUUUGCUCUUGGCACAACCAGGCGAUGGCAGGCGAAAAAAGGAUGAUGUCUGUGUAAUCAAGGGCUGUUCCACUCGUGCUUGACUUACACUGGCUGAUCAUGUUAAAAUGCAACUGCAGAACACUUGCACAGUGUAAGUCAUAGACAACUGAGGCCUUAAUUGUUUCUAUUUAGUUGGACUUUGGGUCAAAUCCAAAUGUUUCAAACGGGAGACUGUGCUGCAAAAUUUAUACCUGAAUUUUUCAUUCUCCACAAUUUAGGGAUUAUUCAUAUCUUAGUUUUGGAUGUAAGCCCUAAUAGACAUGAAAUAAAGACUAUUUCCAGAUUAGGCCAGGUUUGUAAAUGCUUUUCAGUAGGGAGACGUAGUCUGUGAGGCUCUUGGAAGCUGCAAUUCUUCAGGACUUCAGGAGUGAAUGAACCAGCUUUGAAAUCUUAUGCUAAAAUUUACUAGCUGAAUAUUUCUGUGGUUUCCUCUGAAUGAGGAAGUUGAUUCUGCAAUGAAAGAAGUCUUGAAUGGGUAAAACCCAUGUGGAGUGGAAACACUCAACUUAGCAUCGUUUUAUUUUUCCAAAGACGAAAAAGAAAAAAAUACAACUAACCAAAUAAAAAAAUCACAACCAAAUUAUUUAAUUAUGUUUGGGAUUGGCUGUGAUAAAGCUGAUUUGAUUAAAAAAAAAAAAACAAAAAACUAGGUUAUUGCCUGCUCAGAAAGAGCCUUGAAAUAUUUCAGUGUCAUGUGAGGUAGUCUGUCUAAACAUAUUUCACACAAAUGCUUUUUCACAGGCAACUUGUUAAAACUGUUACAAAAUACCUUCUUUUUGUGUCACAAUUAGAAGCGUUUGCCCCACCUUGAAAGAACAUUUUGUACUAAAUAUUCUUAUGUUGUCUAUGAGAACUUGCACUAACAUAUUAUAUUCUCCCUCCCCUCCCUGGCUACUUUGAGCAGAAACAGGCGUAAUAUCGCCAAACCGGUUGAAUGUGACAUGUGCUUGCGGCCUAGCAUCUUUCUCAAGGGCUGGAAAAACAAAGGCAGAGCCUUGAUCACCAUUCUGCUGUGACAGCUUUCCACCCUUGUCACUCUCCUGCUGAAGGCCAGAGAUUUCCCACAGCGCAGGGAACAGCGCUGAGAUUUUUAUCUUUGGUUUUGGAACCAUUCAGCGUGGAGGAAAUGAGACCAGAGUGGCCACAGCGCUCUUCAGCUUGGCAGUGAGCAUAAUGUGCUGUAUUCCUAAGAGAGCAGGACUUGAGAGGGCAUCACUGGGCACCCCAGGGUCAGACAAGGGCACAGGCUGUGGAGAUGCAGGGCAGCUUCCCAAGGAUGGGCUUUUCCCCACAUUUUUAGCUGCCACCCUACCAGGACCUGUGGCAAAAAAAAACAGCAUUGCUUACAAGCUUGGACAGCAUGGACUGGUUCGUGUUCCUACUUGCCUGAUGUAAAAGAAGUUCCCAAAUAAAUAACAGGAGACUGUAGGAGUAGCCACACCACUAAGGUAUUUUUUUUCCCCACAGACAUUCAAGCAGGAUGUCUGAUGUGGGGCUCAUUUGGCCUCCUAUCCCCAGGAAAUGCUCUCCCCAGAGAACUCCAGCACCGUUUUCCACACUGAGGGUGCACAGAGACCUUUCCAUGCAGAAAACAAUGCUGCUGAGCCAGUCAGCAACCUCCCAGCAGCCCUGGAGUUGAUGUGACAAUGUAAGGAACAAAAGUCAGGGGCUGAAGGCAGCCUCAAAUGACUGCUGUGAUAAGCACAGAAGUAAGGAAGAAAAGCUUACACCAGUGUAGGAACAGCAAGUGACCUGGUGAGGGGUUUUGUAAUCGUGGUACUGUUCUGAUUUUCUCACAUGGAUCAGAAAGCACACAGGUGAAAGUCACUUUGCAAUGAAUGGUGUGCAGCGUUAGAACCAAGGCCAACCCAAACAGGGAGAAAAAAAUACGAGCUGCAGACGCCCUAUCUGGCUUUGAUACACCCUCCCAGCUCCUCCCAGCAAUGAACACAGACAAUUACUACAACAAGGAGAUUCAGCAGCAUGUGCAAGAUCAAAAUAAUAAACUCCUAUUUGCCACAGGUCCUCCCUAGCUCCUGUUGCUAGGCCUCUCCAUCUGUCUGUCAACAAAUAGCUAUGUCCUUCUGCUUUGAAAAUCCAUGUCAAAAAUCCCUUUGACUUUCAUGGAAACAGGUCCCUAAGAAAAGAGUUAUUUCUAGCUCUCACUCUCCAGUUAUUUUCAGCUGGGGCAUACUCUAAAACUGAGUUUAUUUUUAAGUGUGAAUAGAGGAUUAUUUCUGACUGCAUUGGAUAGAGUCAACAGGAAGCACAGCCUCUCUGUGCUGCAGGAACACUGGUUUCACAGUUCGCUGGUGAAAUGUCUUGCAUUCAUUAGCUUCUGGUUUUAAAAAGUGAGAGUGUGCACAAAAUGCCUGGGCAAUAACAGUAAAAUGUAUCGUUCACCACAGAUCUAUUUUUAUGUGUUGUGCUGGUUUCAUAAUGAAAUUUUAAUAACAAUAAAACAUGAAAUCUUCA